GUGGUUCUUUGAAAUACUGGGAUAUCCCAAAUCUUCCAAGGCCAACAUCAUCAAUGGUUUGCUGAUGACAGUUGUGUUCUUCGUGGUGAGGAUUGCCGUCAUGCCUGUCUAUUACAGCCACGUCAUUUCUUCCUUUGGAACAGAGGCUUUCCACAGGUUAGGAUUUGCAGCCCAGAGCGCCUGGAUUGUCUCGAGUGUUGUCUUGGAUGUUAUGAACGUGAUGUGGAUGGUCAAAAUUGCAAGAGGAUGCUACAGAGUCAUCUGUCUUAUCGGACGGGAGGAAGUCAAAACCCACAGAAAUGGCAAAUCUGACUAGAAAUCACACACACAAAACGCACUUUCUGCUGUGAAAGUCACCUGGGUUCACUGAAACAGUGCACAUUUCUGCCAUGGAAUGAUCCUCUUCAGAAAACAAGGU